AUACUUGGUUCUUACAGAAAAAGCAAAAAGCAGUUUCUCCAAUCUUGUCUCAAGAAACAAAUCUUCAAUGCCGUUACUUGCUUUGGUUCCGCCAACUCCGAUUAAUUCGUUCUAAGCGAAACUGCGAAUCGAAACCUCAGUUCACAAUUACUGGAUUUCAGGCGGAAUGAGAUGGGAAACAGAUAGUUGAAGCCCUACUUGUUCGUUUUUGUUUGUUGAGAUCUGUCAAUCAUCGAGAUGAAGCCUCCUUGGAAAAUUCUAUAUUUUUCUGAGAUUAACUUGUGAAAGCAUCAUUGAUCGGGAAUUAUGGAUGUUGCUGAGGUCGAAGAAAGUGUUUUUGCUGCCAGCGAUGCCAAGUUACAUGGAGGGAUGUGUAGAAAACUUUCUGCAAUUCUUUGUAAGGUAUUGGAGGUUUUUCCAGUGUUAGAGGCAGCAAGGCCCAGGAGCAAGUCGGGCAUCCAGGCCUUAUGUUCGUUACAUGUUGCACUUGAAAAGGCCAAGAAUCUUCUUCAGCAUUGCUCAGAAUGCAGUAAACUUUACCUGGCUAUAACAGGGGACUCUGUUCGCUUAAAAUUUGAGAAGGUAAGGGGUGCUCUUGCAGAUAGUCUCAGGCGUGUUGAAGACAUUGUCCCGCAAGCAAUUGGUUCCCAGAUUUCAGAGGUUGUCACUGUACUUGAAGGGGCUGUUUUCUCCAUUGAUUCAUUAGAGAAGCAAGUUGGUGAUGAAGUGAUUACAUUGCUUCAGCAGGAGAGAAAAUUUUACAGCAAUUGUAAUGACAAUAAUGAGCUUGAAAUCUUUCACCAGGCUGCGUCGAGGCUUGGCAUUACAUCUUCAAGGGCAGCCCUCACAGAGAGAAGAGCUCUCAAGAAGCUCAUUGAAAGAGCACGAGUUGAGGAAGACAAGCGGAAGGAAUCCAUCGUGGCUUACCUUUUGCAUCUUAUGAGAAAAUACUCCAAGUUAUUCAGAAAUGAGUUCUCAGAUGACAACGAUUCUCAGGGAUCAGCGCCAUGUUCCCCAACUGUUGAGGGCUCCUUAGAAGAUGGCAUUGGGCCUUUGGGUAAUGGCCAGGCCUUUGAUCGACAGCUCUCGAGACUUAGUUCCUUCAAUUUUAAGUCAAAUAUUCGGAGAUCAGGGCAAAUGCCAGUACCACCUGAGGAGUUGAGGUGUCCGAUAUCGUUGCAACUCAUGUAUGACCCAGUCAUCAUAUCAUCUGGGCAGACAUAUGAGCGGAUCUGCAUUGAGAAAUGGUUUAGUGAUGGGCACAGAACUUGCCCAAAGACUCAACAGCAGCUUUCCCAUCUGUCUUUAACUCCAAAUUACAGUGUUAAGGGUCUUGUUGCUAGUUGGUGCGAACAUAAUGGGGUCCCUGUUCCUGAUGGGCCACCAGAAUCUCUCGAUCUAAACUACUGGAGGCUGGCAUUAUCUGAAUCAGAGUUUACGAAUUCAAAAUCCAUGGAGAGUGUUAGUUCCUGCAAGUUGAAAGGUGUUAAAGUGGUACCUCUGGAAGAGAGUGGGGUUGUUGAGGAACUUGAAAGAAAAGAAGUGGAAAAUGUAUCUUGCCCAGAAGAAGAUGGUGACCUAGACAUGGCUCAAAGAUAUGAGAGCUUACUGGCCAUCUUGGAUGGAAAAGGAGACACAAAGAGACAAUGCAAAGUAGUGGAACAGAUACGUCUACUGCUGAAGGAUGGUGAAGAAGCCAGGAUUAGUAUGGGAGCCAAUGGCUUUGUUGAGGCUCUGGUGAAGUUUCUAGAGGCAGCUGUCUGUCAGGGUAAUGAGAAGGCACAGGAGACUGGAGCUAUGGCUCUCUUCAACCUAGCUGUUAACAAUAACAGGAACAAGGAAAUGAUGUUAUCUGCUGGAGUAAUUCCAUUGCUGGAAGAAAUGAUCCUCAUGUCGAAGGGAUACAAGUCUGCAACAGCUCUGUACCUGAACCUCUCAUGCCUUGAGGAAGCGAAGCCAAUCAUUGGUUCAAGUCAAGCCAUUCCCUUCUUGGUCCAUCUCCUCCGAAAUGAAUCUGAACCCCAGUGCAAGCUUGAUGCCCUCCAUUGCAUCUACAAUCUGUCCACUUAUCCCACAAACAUUCCCAUACUCCUUUCAGCUAGCAUCAUUGAAGGGCUUCAAGCUCUCUUUGAGGACCCUUCUGAUCACACAUGGACUGAAAAAUCAAUUUCUGUCCUUAUAAAUUUGGUCUUGAAUAGUUCAGGAAAGAAAGAGAUUACAGCAACCCCAGGCCUCAUUAGCUCACUUUCUGCUAUAUUGGAUACAGGUGAGGCCAUCGAACAGGAGCAAGCUGUCUCGUGUCUUUUGAUUUUGUGUACUGGUAAUUACAAAUGCAGUGAAUUGGUUCUACAAGAAGGUGUGAUACCUGCAUUGGUUUCAAUCUCAGUCAAUGGAACAGCAAGAGGGAAAGAGAAGGCACAGAAACUUUUGAUGCUGUUCAGGGAGCUACGUCAGCGGGAUCCAUUACCCAUUCAGACAGAGCAGCGGCCUGAGGGUAAUAUGGUUCAACUUCCCAUUGAGGCUCCAGAGUCAAAGCCACUAUGUAAAUCUACAUCUAGAAGGGUGGGUAGGGCUUGGGCUUCUAUAUGGAAGAGCAAGAACUAUUCAGUGUCCCAGUGUUAGACCUUCUGUUUCUAACAAGCCUGUGUAUAAUUUCUGUUGCAUCUUCUUUU